CUUGGUGUUUGAUACUAGGUGUACGUGAACGUUUGAAACCAUAACAUAACAAACUAGGAGAAGCUGGGGAAGGAAACUAUUUUAAUCUACCACCAUCUGUCUCAUUUUCGACCCAACAACAGUGUUUGAGCGUGGUGCUGCUACAUCGUGUUUGUGCUCCCCAUAACUUUUUGUUCGUUGAGGCUCCUAGUACAAACUCGACGUGGGCUGUGGUCAUUGUUUCUUUGCAUUAUAUACAGGAAAGUUUCUUCAGACUAAUCCACAGUCCUGUAUAGAAAAAGUUCAAAGUUUACUGAUAUUUACAUCAGUAGUUCCUGGGUAAUAGUUUACCUGUACAGUACUGGUAAAAUGAAGAUGUCAAAGAGCAACUCUGGGUCAGGGACCGGUAAUGAUACACGAGCAGAGUUGGCUGAGCUUGUUAAAAGACGUGCUGAAAUAGCAGACAAUUUAGCCUUAUUAGAACGCCAGAUUCAUGCUUUUGAGGGUUCAUACCUGGAAGAUACUCAGUUAUAUGGAAAUAUUAUUCGAGGGUGGGACAGAUACCUUGUUACCAACAAGAAUACAAAUGCCAAAAAUGAUAAACGGAACAGAAAGUUCAAGGAAGCCGAGCGAUUAUUUAGCAAAUCAUCCAUCACAUCCAUGGCUGCUGUAAGAGGCAUUGUUGAGCAAAUGGGUGAUCGAUUGGGUGACAAUACUGACACAAAUGAUGUAAACUCUGGCAGUGAAGACAAUUCCAAGGACUCAGUUAAUCCUGGUGUUAAUGGAGACUCUUCUCGAGACACACCUAUGAUCCACAAGGUAUCCAAGAGCUCGCAUAAAAUCAAGAAAAGUAGCAAGAAGAACAGACAUCGCUAAAUUUAGUUUCUUUGUCAUGAAGAGUUGUUGAUGGUGCUGUAUGUCAGAUAGUCACUGCAUGGAUCUUUUAGUAUGAUUGAUAAAUUGUUAAUUGAAUACUAGUAGAAAGUUGUCAUAUUUCACUGUAUAGAAGGAUUGGGAAGAAGUUUUAUUCAAUUUCUGUGAUUAAUGAGAAUGUGACCAAUUUAAACUUGUCACCUCAGUACAGUACUGUAUCUACUCUGGAAACUAUGAAUGAUUGAUUCUUAAGAAAACUAUGCUAAUAGGGAAGUUAUAUGAUGUAUAUUAAGAAUGAAACUAGUUUUAAAGUAAGAACUACCUAAGUUCUUUCAAUAUUUAUAUUUUUGUAAUUCAUAUUUGUUUAAUGUUUACUAGUUUUUCCCUGAUGGUAUUUGGUGGUUCUUGUUUACAUAAACUUUGCUCAUGAACAAGUUAUACAAUGUGUAUUGUGAAUGAAUCCAGUUUUAAGUAAGGAUUAUUUAGAUUCUUUCAAUGCUAAUAUGUAUUUAAUUCAUAUUUGUUCAGGUGUUUACAUACUACCUACUAGUUUUAUCCAGAUAUCUGUGGGAGUCAUAUUAGCUUGGUUACUAAGUGACUGUAUAAGACUAACAUUUUAAAUUCUGUAUACUACUACUUGGAGCCUUGACACGGUUAUAUGAAUGCUAAAAUCAUAAAUACAAUAAUACAUAGGUACCUGUAAGUAUAUUGUAUGGUACUGUAAAAUUAUUUUUAAAAUUUGCUGAUUGAUUAUAUCAUUCACCUUUUAAUUAUCACGGUAAAUUAAAGUUUAACCAUUAACACGUGAACAAAUAGUUAAUGCUACCUUUUGAAUAUGGUAUUAUAAUGUUUGUUAUCCUGAGGAUAUGUUAAAAGAAUUGUUAAAGCUAAAAGAAUUGUUAGACAUGUAUGACAAAAAGUACAAAUAUAAUUUACUAAGCAAGCCAA